AUGGCCACUCCGGUCAACCCGUUCCGCACACCCAUAGACCGUGGCAAGCGACGCACCUUGCAAGAGAUUGCAGCAGCCGCCAAGGGUUCCAAUGCCUUCAAGGCGUUCCAUAGGCAGUCAAACCAACCUAUUACGGGUCAUGCAAAGGUCGCAAAAUGGCUCUGCGACCAGGGGGAUCCCGUACAGGUGAGGGAACCCAACACCCGUCCAUCCAGCAGGCGCUCUGCCUUCAUUAUCUUGGAUGAUGACGAUGAAGCCCCUGGCCAGCGUCCGCACAGCCUACUUCCGCACGCUGGCGCAGUUGCAAAGCUAUCCCCUCAAGUGCCCCAUACUCCUCUGUCGUCCCGGCACUUCACAUCAAAGGGGCUCAAGCGCAACGUGUCCGACUUGGACGACAGUGAAGAUGUCAUCUACGUCCGGACAAGCCCGGCCCCAAGCACUCCGAGACGGCCGCCGACAACUGAAGCAGUCGUGGACUUGACCAACAGCAACCGCCCGACACGCCAGACGUCUCUUCUUGGCCACCAGGACGACGAUGUCAUUAUCAUUGACCCGCCGGCCGCGGAGAUUCGUCCUCAACUGCGGCAACUCCUUGGACGGCCCCGAGGUGCUGCAGAAGUCCAGCCUAGGAAGCGACGGAAACGAGCGCAUGCUGGGUUGGUACCUGCCCGUGGCAUUCUUGAGGGACCACGGGUGGCCAUAUCCCCAGAGCGGAUGGCCACACCCGAGGCAGACAUGAUUGAAGCCUCAACCUCGCUGCGAAGCGUCGAGUCUGUGACUCACUUCUUCACCUUGGCGACCGAGAUGCGGGACAAGAUUUAUCGACACCUGCUUGUCUCAGCCAAGCCAAUCGUGGUCCGACGUCUCUGGCAAGAGCUGUGUCGUCCCACCUCUCGCCGUGGUCUUCGUGGCGACGACGUCAACUCUAGCCCCCUCGAUCCGAGGAUCCUGAUUGUGUGCCGCCGCACUGCCGAGGAGGGUACUCGAAUUCUAUACUCGGAGAACACCUUUCUCUACAUGCUGCGAGACCCCGAUGUCGUCGAAAAUACCGGCAAUGGGGUUGUAAGACGGAGCGAGCGGGGCAAAAACCGGAAGGAGGAGGAGCGUUCGUCCAGGAACGUAAUCAACCUGAAAAAAUACGGCCAUCUCAUCCGUCACAUGGCCAUCGAGUUGGAGAGCAACCGCACAGAAAUCUCAUAUGAGAAACUCAUGAGUGCCGCUCUCGAAACUUUAGUCCCUGAUGCUCCUGGUUCGCCUCGGCUUCCAUCCCCACCUCGCCCACCCUGUGGUCCGAUCCACCUGCACACCCUAACCAUCACCAUUUCACCGCUAUUCAUAACCCAGCGUGCCGCGCGAACCGCUGGGCUGGGCAACCAAGACGCGGUCAUUCACGAAGGCCGCUUUCUAAGCAUGGUCGGUUUCUUCAGCCGUGGCUCACCGGUCCUCAAAGCACUCCAUCGCGUCAACGUCGACUUCCUGCGCAUCAAGGUCAUUGUCAACUCGAACAUUAAGGACGGCCGCGCAGGAGACACAGCCAGUCCAUGGGUCGACCUGACUGAGGAUGAGGUCGACGGCGACGACGAAGACGACGACGCCGAGGAUUCAGACGAAUCGGAUACCUCCUCUGAGUACCGACCCAAGAAAUGGCACUUCGAGACGACAAUCGAUCUGCGCUGCCUUCCCCCCCAUCUAGAGGAGCUCAGCCGGGGAUCCCAGCUCUGGGCCAACGAUGCCCUGAUACAGGAAAAGCGUCGCCAGCAGGGCGCCGAGGCGGAAGAGAAGCUAGUUUCCCUGCGUCGGCACAUGGAGCAUGCUUGCCUGGAUCCCGAGAUGGCGCUGCGCGAGAAGUUUUGGGAGGAAACUAGUGCUGCUGAGAGGAGGCGCCGGGCGCAAAGGGCAAAGGAGGAGAGACGGUUCGAUGCCGAUGCGUAUUAUGUCGAAGAUGAGGGUGGUGAUGGUGACGAUGGGAGGACUGCGAGGGGAAUGAAGUCGUUGAUUAUCUCUAUCGACCGGGUGGGCGAUGAGUUGAGGGCCUAUCGUCCCUAG